ACGCCCCGGCGGGAGGCGGCGGAGAGCCCGGACAUGGGUGUUUGUCUCCGGGAAGCGCUGCCCCGUGGCCUGUUGGUACCUGCGGGCGGGCGCCCGGGGGAAAGCACCGUCCUCUCCUGAGCGGUCGCGGCUCCUCGCCCCGGGCUCUCGCCAUGGACACUAUGAAAACCACCUACAUCGUGCUGGAACUGAUCAUCGCUGUGCUGUCCAUCGCCGGCAACGUCCUGGUCUGCUGGGCCGUGGCUAUCAACAGCACCUUGAAGAACGCAACCAACUAUUUCCUGGUGUCCCUGGCAGUGGCUGACGUCGCCGUGGGUUUGUUAGCCAUCCCUUUCGCCAUCACCAUCAGCAUCGGGUUCCAGGUGGAUUUUCACAGCUGCCUCUUCUUCGCCUGCUUCGUGCUGGUGCUGACCCAAAGCUCUAUUUUCAGCUUGCUGGCGGUGGCCAUCGACAGGUACCUGGCUAUUAAGAUCCCACUGAGCCAACAUCAAAAGAGGCUAGAGGAGGUUAUAAAACUACACUGGCAAAACUCUGCUGCACUGGAGUUUUCCAACCAAGGCUUGGUUAGAGCUGUCUCGUCGGCGUCGUUACUCCCGAGGAGCAGCGAGGAGGGAGGAACUUGUCCAGCCACCCGCUCUAGGUAUAAUAGUCUGGUGACUGGCAAGCGGGCAAGAGGACUCAUCGCUGUGCUGUGGCUCCUGUCCUUUGGAAUCGGGCUGACUCCGCUUAUGGGCUGGAACAAAGCCAUGAGCGGUUGUCCCAACGCCACCAACGAGACAGGGGCUGACACUGGGACAGAGCACCAUGGCUGCUUCAUCUCAUGCCUCUUUGAGAACGUGGUAACGAUGAGCUACAUGGUGUAUUUCAACUUCUUCGGCUGCGUGCUGCUUCCGCUCGUUAUCAUGCUGGGAAUCUACAUUAAGAUAUUCAUGGUUGCCUGCAAACAGUUGCAUCAGAUUGAGCUGAUGGGCAACUCCAGGACCACGCUGCAGAAGGAGGUCCACGCAGCCAAGUCUCUGGCCAUCAUUGUAGGACUUUUUGCCUUCUGUUGGCUGCCCCUGCAUAUCUUGAACUGCAUCACUCACUUCCAUGAGGAGUUCUCCAAAUCCAAGCCCGAGUGGGUGAUGUACAUGGCCAUCAUCCUCUCCCAUGCCAACUCCGUCAUCAAUCCCAUCAUCUAUGCCUACAGGAUCAGGGACUUCCGCUACACCUUCCGCAAGAUCAUUUCCAAGAUCCUCUGUAAGAGGGACGACUUCCGCAAGUGCACCACUGACAACAACCAGCACCUGACUGUCACCAACAUGAACUCUCCAGUAGCCUCUGUGACCAUCUGACCUUGCACAGGCUGCUCCUCGGGUUUUGCAGUCUGUCCCUGACACUACCCUGCCCCGUGCCUGUGCGAACAGUUACAGCUAACUCCUGGAGGAGUGCUCAGAGAUGACCACUAUGCAGUUAUGCAGCUGUAUUUUUUUUAUUUUUGUAAUUAACAUAGUGCCUCCUAGAGGAAUAACCUGACUGGGGAGACUGAGUGCAGCUCACCUCGACUGUAAACCCAGGUUGCGUGAGUGCUGGUGAUCGUAUUGUGUUUCCUUUCCAGGUCAGACAUUGACUGUGGAAGACCCACCUGCUGGGGGUGUUUCCCCAAUUGUGCUGCUCAUGUCAAGUCCUAGGAUCUUUAUUUUAUUUUUUUUUUAAUAUUUUGAUUCAUUUAGGAGUAAUAAUUCUGUGUCUGUUUUUGAGUUGUUCUUUAAGUCCACACUUGACAGCACUUUGGUAAUACCCUAAUUAUUCCAUCAAUUGUUUGAUGCAGCUAGUAUUCUCUGAUGGGAAAAAGUCUUACUUAGCCCAGUUGCUGGUGUGAAACUGAAUUUGUGUUCCAGGCUCUGAGGGACGUGACCAUGUUGAUGGGAAAACAAGAUCAGAACUGGCCAGCUAUUUUUGGCCCCAGUAUGGAAGACCUACUUACUGAAAGAAAAAAAUUUUAGAAAAGAGUUGACUGAAGUUUUAGAACAGCGGUUUUAUUGCCUUUAAAUCACUUUGGUUUACAGCAUUGUGCAGACCAAUGCUUCAGGUCUGAUUUCAAAUCUGUUUCCAGUUAUCAAAAUGCAAAAGGCAGAAGUGCCCUAAUAGUCCUGACUAGUCUGACCCCGAGUUGCUGAGGUUAGUGCAAACACUCCCUUGGUGACAUGAUCUCUACAAUUAGGUUUUUGCUCGCAAGUCAAAACUUGACAGCCUGGCAGUGCUUCCAGAAGUGCAGGUUUUAGCUGUGAUAGCUGGAUGCUGCAGCUCACCCGAGUCCUAAAACUUGGUCUUGCUAGGCUUCCUCUGUAGCCCAGUAACCCCCAAAAGCUGUGAGUGCUUCUUUUUUCUAAUAGUGAUUUCUAGUUUUAAUUUUUUUUUUUUUUUAAUCCUGACCUGCAUCGGAAGCAAAAGAGACUGGAAGGGAGCUAAUUUGCUUGAGAAGCUAAAACGCCUUGAGUUGUGACCUGAUUUUUGGCCAAGCUCUUUGGGGCAAAAGUCACCUCGCAGAUUGUCUACCCUGGCCUCUGCAGUUAGCCACGGAGUCCUGGCCCUUUGUAAGGACAAAUCCCACUCAACAGCAGAGCAGUCUUAAUUUGUAUGGCAAGUUAAUAACUCUCUGCAACCACAGCUCGGUAAUUACCACACUUGAUUUCAUAUGUAACUGCGAUAUGCAAAACUAAGACAAAAGUAGAAAGAACAGGGCGUUAAUUUGUGGCGUAUGAGCUCCACUUCUCCAGACUGCAUGACGACACGUGCACUGCUGUAAAUGAACCAGUGUUUCUGGCAUGUCUUUUAUUUACCAGGGCAGUUUCAUCCCACAACUGAGAGGAAGAGAGAGGGGAGUCAGAAAAACUCCAGCCUCCCUCCUUCAUGCCGCAAGGCUGACUGUGGCACAGACACAGCUGCUCUUGCCUAGCUCAGACCUGCCACCACGUUGCGCCCCUCUAACAAACAGGAGUCUCGCCUGAAGGUCUCUGCCUGGCCAAGUGGUGCCAUCUCUCCCCGAAGCACUCGAUGACAGCAGCAUCACCCCGUGACCAGUGAGAUGCUGGACUGCCAGGAUCUGUAUUUAAUAUGGUUUUCAGUGGUAACCCAUGCAGAGAGACAGAGCUAGGGAGCAGGCCUUUUAGAGCCAGGUAGCAGGGAAGGAAGUUUAAACACAGCCAGUUCCUGAAGAACAGGUCCAGGAGACAGACUGUGAUGUCUGGAGCAGUUUGCUCCUGAUAAAUUGUACUUGAAUCGUAUAGAAAUCAGCUUUCUAUUUUUUUAACUGCAUUGCACUAAAAGGGAGGUAAUAUAAGACCCCAACAGUUUCCUUUCUCUGGCGUAUAUGACAAAUAGAGUGUAAAAUCAGCUGAAAAGCCUCUCUGAAGAAAUUCUGUUCCUGUAGCAUCUGCUGUGCCAGCUGGCGUGACCUGCAGGCAGCAGCUGCAGGUGUGACUUAGGGCCCACCACGCAGAGAACCGUUCACUGGGCGUGAUGGAUUGUGCUACCGUGUGUGUAGGAGCUCAGCCAGCCCCAAACCUGGGUGAAUCAUCAGUAAGAGCUGAAUGGGUUUCUACAUGUUUAUGCAAUGUCCAAAUUUAGCUCCAGCUCAGUAUCUCAGAUACUGGCAUUUCCAAGAAGAAUCUGACUAGUUAAAGUUACUGUCCCAAGUGUUUCUCCUUUAACAGCCCCGUUCAGCUUUGCCGCAUCUGCCUUGGUCAUAGUCCAGCUAAUACAUGGAGCCACCUCCUGCCAUUUGGGCAAGGUUUGACUCUCUCCUCUCAUUCCUUCCCUUCCGUAUUAUCUUUGGCUCUGUUCCUUCUGUUAAUCAUGGCUGGAAACAAGCAGGGUUUCACCUGCAGGUCUGGCAGUGUUGCAAAGUGGUUUCAAGCCACAUUUAUCCUUACAACAAAAAAUGUAAUCUCUCCCCUCCUGCUGGCUAAAAAUGAACCAAACUCUGGACAGCACGGACAGACUGAAACACACAGUGCUGCACAACAGAGAGCCGGGCCCAGAACACUUGCUCCUAGGUGGCAGCUUGCACUGCAGCUCGGCACCCACCCUGCUGCCUUUCACACGCCUCCGAUGGGCCAGAAUUCCUGCAGUCAGAUGCAGACCCUUGGCAGGACCAUGCCAUCGGGUUGCCAGCCGUUAGGAACGACAGCCCGGGUCACUGUGGUCUUUAGGCACAUUGAGCGCCUUCGUGGAUCUGAGCCAAAGUCAUUUCAAGGCAAAAAUAAAAAUAGGACACCUACCUUGCCCCUCUGAAAAAAAACCCCAAAACUCUGAAGGUUUCUAUAAAAA